AUGUUCAAGGCCUUAUUGGCCGGGGGCCGUUCGUCCGAUGCCCGCAGCAGCUCUAGUUCUAAGAGUAGUAGCCGUCGCAGAACAGAUUCCAAAGCUUCUUCAACAGUGAGCCGCAAGUCCUCACGGGGUGACGACCGUGACCGAGGCUUGGGUGACCUGUCAGCCUACUCAUCGUCUGGAAACCGCAGCAAGCGCUAUGCACCCAGCGCGGCAGGCGAUUCCGUUGCGUCGAGCUAUGCGACAGCGGAACCCCACACCGCGAUCGAGCCCGACCGAAAUGUCAUCGAACGGGCACCGAGGCGCAGAGAUCUAGACGAUAGUGAACGUCGCGAUCGAUAUCCAGACAGCGAUGACAGCAGUGACAAACCCCGACAUAGACGCAAUCGCUCCCGAUCGCCGAGCCGCGAACGAACAAGUGAACGCCAUGAUAAUACAGAUGAGAUUGAUAAUGGAAACCAUGAAAGUGGUCAUCCUCGAGAGCGGCGACGAACGCAGCCUGACAAAAUGCCUUUAUCGCCAGGCGUGCCCAUUUCCGGUGCUGGAGCAGACUUAGCUCAGAAGGUGGGAACUUCUGACCAUCCCCAAUUCCCCCCGCCGUUCCACAACACACAUCCAGUGGCAUCUGUACCAAGCUCGCCUAACGUGCCUGGUGUCUACGACCCUCACGUACAGCAGCAGUUUCCAGGCCAGUUUCCGGCCUUCGUUGGCGAACCUUACCAACCAAACCCUGCAGGCGCAGCAGCCGAUUACUACGGCGACCAGGGACAGUCAGUCGCGCAACAACCCGGUGUUCGGCCUAAGCCACCCACAGUUAUUCCCAAUAAUCAAGCGCACUUGAUGCCGGCAUCACCGCAUGCCAACCCGCCGCCAGAGCCUAGUAGCAUGGGGCAGACCGGUGCAGCGGCUGCGUAUUACGCAGAUGACGCAGACCCAGGGAUACAAGCACCCGAACAAUCAAGUAAACCCCCUUCAGGACCGACACCAAAACCUCCCAGACCAACUAUACAAACUGAAGGGGUCUCAGGGCCUGCUACAACCGCUACUGCGCAUGACGAAGGUAGUCCUCAGAAUAUUGGCUCUGGAUCCUCUCCAUUGCUAGUCGAGUCGCCGACGCCUACGUUUGUCCCGCCUUCUGGUAUCAACCCGUCCAAACCGCCCGAUACUCCUGGUAUUGGGACAUUGGUUGGCGCAGCAGCAGCAGGUGCGGUAACGAGUCAUAUGAUCGGCCACCAUCAUCAAUCAUCCCCGAACGUAGAAAGUUCCCCUCAGCCCGGCAAUCAGAAUUACGAGAACGCUUCCCCGAGCAAUGUGGGACACGCUGGUCCGUCUACGUACCCGGAUCAGCUGAAUGCACCACCCCCCUACAUAGCUGGUGCUGGGGAGACAGCGUACGCUGCCCACCCAUUGCAUCCUCAUCAUGCAGCCCUUUACCACGGAGCACCAUUUCAGUCCGGGGGUUUGGCAUUCCAACAACGCCAACGGGGCCCUCUUGGCAAGUUCCUUGAUUUUUGGCGUGACGCAGAAGGUGUUGGUAUGUUCGAGGAUUAUACUGAAACCAUUGGCGUUUGCAAGCACUGUUUUGAACCGGGCACCUCGUCGCGCGACGCCCCUCGAAAACAUUAUUAUAGACCCCGUCGUCGCUCUAGUGAUCGCUAUAGUAAUGGCUCACGAGUGGACAAAACUAGUCGUUACUCUUCUUCAGAGGACGAAGGUCGACGUCACAAGAAAACCUCCACAAGCUCCUGGCUACCUGGGAUGCUUGCUGGGUACGCUAUAAAAUCAGCCUUCAAGAACAGAGACUUCGAGGAUACCUAUAGUGUUCGAUCCGGCCGAGCUGCAAGCUCGGCAUCUGACACUGAGAACCUAUCAACGCUCGAGAAACGGAGUCACACAUCUCGUGGCAUCUAUGGGCGCUCACGCCGCCGCUCCUAUGAAGACCUGCGAGACUACGAACCUCGGCGACUGUCCCACUCUGGGUCACGAUCUUCGUCAAGAUCGAAGAAGCAUUUUGCAGUCCGAGAUGCAGCUUUGGAAGCUGCAAUUGAACCAGUGGGCGACUUUGAAAGUCAGCCACGCCGCCACCGCAGUAGCAGCCGUAGCCGGUCACCGCGGAAGACCAAAAGUCGGAAAUCCUCAUCUUCUGAGUCAUCCUUUGUAGAUAUUUCUAGACCGGCCAAGAAAUCUGUGGGUGGUGGCUUGAGCUCAUUUUUCACAGCCUCUUCUGAGAAUCGCAGAAAGCGGCAGGCUAAAAAGCGCAGAAGUAUAUUUUCAUUCAACAAUUCGUCAUCAUCCUCCCUAGAUGCUGAUUUAGCAUUCGGAAAUGGCUAUGCCAAAAGAUCAUCAGGGAAGUCUAAAAAGCGAAGCAAGAAGAAGGACGAUAACAACGUGGAUGCGGCAUUGCUAGGAUUAGGAGCAACAGCAACAGCAAUAGUUGCUUCAACUGACCGUCGAAGUCGACGGACAGGCGAGAUUCUCGCGAGAAAAGAACCCCCAUCCACUCGUUUGGGUUAUUCGUCGUCUGCCACCAAUGACGAUGCUUGGGAGGACGUGGACUCAGGAGAUCAAUCGUCAUCCAGUGUUAGUUCAGCGCUUGCCUUCGGAGGCAGUGGACUUUAUGGUAAUAAUGCCUCGCCGUCUUCUGAUUCUGGCACAUCAUUGUGGGGCUGGAGAUGGGGCAACAAGAAAGGCAAAAAGCAGAAGAGAAUGAGGUCCAACGUAUCGGAUAGUCGUUUCCCUGUUAAUGCUGCUGUAGCAGCGGGAGUAUUGGGAACGGCCGCAGUAGCCCAUGACUAUAACAAGCGAGGGAGACGUACCAGCGAGGACGCUGGAAGUAGUGCUGGGAAUCUUCAACACGUGGCCCCAGUGCCCACUAGUGAUCCUUCACGCUUUGACGCUGUCAAAGUAUCGUCUUUUCCUUCGCAGCCGGCACUGAUUCGCUCAGGACCCAUCCCUCUUCAACAACCCCAACCGGUGACACCAGUCUCUCAAGCUGUCUAUACUUCACAAGGAGAGAGUAUCCAUGCAUACACUACACCAUCUCGUCCUCCUCCGUUUGCCAAUACAUUUGCACACUAUGACUACCAAGCUCAAGGUUCAGGAGUUGGCCUUUGGGAGCAUGAAACCCCCCUUUACCAUGAUACCAUCGAUAUGCCAUCAAAAGUCACCCGCCCCCCUCGACGAAGUGACUCAUCACCUGUGUUUCAUACGGAGUCUUUGGAGGGUGCAUUGAUGUCUAGUAUGAAGCGUCGUUCUACCAUGAAAGACCAGGGCUCCGUACAGUUUGACCUUACUAGAGAUCAAGCAGAGAAGGAGCAACGAGCAGAUCAUCUUAAGCGUAUAAAGCGUGAAUCUGGGCGCCAAGGAGUUCAGCUCAUUGACAGGGAGAGUGAGAUUGUGGCACAGGAGGAUAAAAAUAGGUCAAGGCGGUAUUAUGAGGGGUACCGGGAUUCUGAUUAUGGUUCCCACGACCAAUACGGACAAGAGCCUAGUGGGGAGAGAGGCCCAGCAUCAACGAUUGGACUAGCAACAGUAGGCGCGAUCGGAGGUAUAACUGCAGCCAGUGUACUUUCCGGUCAAGGCUCCAACGGUGGUUCCUCCGAAUCCAGCCAGAGGCGUCAUUACGAACGCUCAGAGAAGCGUCGCGCAGAAAGACGCCGUGUGUCAGGUUCUGAGAUAUCGUCCGGCCUUCCCAUGCCUGACCGUGCCUAUAACGAUGUUGACCAGCGCCCGAACCCGAACCCCGAACAAGACCAUAUCAAGACUUCAGUAUUCAGUGACAUUCCUCCUAAGAAGCCGGUUCAUCAUGAUUAUGCACAAUUCUUCGCACCCGAAGAGUUGCGGCAUAACCCUGAUACAUACAUGCGUCGCGAACCCGCUUCAAUGCCAACUAUCAUAGAAGUGGAACCUGCAAGUCAAAAAAGUAAGGCAACAGAGGAGCCCCAUCCAGAAUAUCGCGGUCUACCAUGGCCAGUUCCAGAGCUCAAGGUGGUUGAGCCCACGCCUCCUCAAAGUCAAAGUGGCUCCGUCAGAGAUAUUGCCUCUCCGAUUCCAUCGCCACCAGAGGUCCCUGAAUAUGAUAGGAUACCAAAGCGAUCAACAACAGGCUCCCGCGUGUCUUGGGGUAAGGAUGAGACACGCGAAUAUGAAGUCCCAUCUACAUCCUCUGAACUCGACUCCGCCGAUCAUGAAUUUGUGGCAGACCGUGGACAGGAAAAGCAGACUGGUAGUGAACCCGCCCAAGAAAUUCCGGCCAUUCAAACCGAUCUGUCCAAAGGCGCCACAAGUGAGUAUGGCACUGAUAUUGAAGUCGCGGCAACAGCCGCUGCAGUUGCUGCAGCCGCGGGUUUUGGCCCCUCCCUUGUGUCGGACAUCAGGGAAAAGCUCGCCUCUUCAUCAGGAGCUCGUGGCUAUGUUGAUGAGGCGGUAACAACCGAUGUGGGAGAGAAGCAGCCAAACAUAGGGAAAUUCGUUGAAAACGAACCAGUUUACUCCGAACCAGUGUCGAUCAGUGACGGCAUUAGAACAUUUUAUGAUGAUCAACCUCCGUCAUCAAUUGCGCAAGAAGUGAUCCAGCAACUUACCGGAGAGCAAAAACCCGAGGUGGGUGAACUUCCCGGGAGGGCCGUGGAGGAACCGAAUGAGAGCGGGAAAACGUUGGUCUUUCGAGAGAAGCGUUCUGGACCCGAGUCACCUGCAGAAGAAGUUUUGCAUAUCCCUGGUGGAUUCGAACUAGGGGAGUCAUCCAGCCAGCGGGAGCCGUCAAAUACCUCAGCUGCUAUACCUAGACAUAGUGAGGCACCGAUCGAGGAAGUUAGUUACUGCAAAGACAGUCGCGAAUCCGACAUCCCUAGUAGAGCUAGUCCACCUGCCGUUGAAGAGGGUUCUGCUAUCGGGAAGAAGAAGCGAAAGAAAAGACGUUCCAAGCGGGAUAGUGAUGCUUUCGAUGACACCGUCUCCGUGACAUCUUCCCCAGCCAGAGCUAAAGAAAAGAGGGCAGGUGUCUCUGAGCCGGUAGCAAGCAGACAACUAUCAUCCGAUAUCUAUCCAUCUCGCGACGUCCAAUCCGAAGUCGGGCCACGUUCCGAAAAUUAUGGAGAAUUAGCGGACUUGGAUAAAACAACAGAACGUGAGAAGGACCGGACAAUAUCGCAAGAUGGAGACAAUCAGCCGUCUUUUUUAGCUGGAAGCCCCGAAAUGCCUGACCAGAUGCGACCUCUGUGGCUUGUCGAACAUCAUGGUAGCAAAACGGAAGCUCAGCCUGAAGAACCGUUACCUUCCCUACCGUCAAGUAAGACAUCAUCAGCAAAUGCAUCCGCUGAGAAUCUCGCAUCUCUGCAGGAUGAGAAGAGCUGGGAAAAGAUAGAUUUGAGCCCCAGUAUUCAUAGAGACCAGCAGCCUGUUCACGUUGAAAUGCCCUCUGAUUCUCAACACAGAGUGCUUGGUUCCCAAGAAGUAACACCUACUGCCGCAAGCUUUGGACAAAUAAACACCUAUCAGUUACCUCGGAAGGACAAGCCCAAGUACGAGUUCCAUUCGCCCUCUGAACUUCUCCAGGAUCCAUGCACUUAUGCAGAGUUGCCUCCUUCUCCAAUAAUCGGGGCUCUUCCUUCUGCCGAGGGCUCUGUAGUCGGCGUAAAAGACGGUGGCGGGCUAGAGCGCAGCCUGGACAAUCUUCCACCUUUACCUGUGUCCCGACCUUCUACUCCUAAAAGUGAACAAUCUCAUGCUUCAGACGCUGCUGAAGAAUAUCUGACUAGAGAGCUGACAGCUCCCGACUUUGCAACGCCAAGGGCCCCCGGGAACGAUACUCCAUCCGCAGAUGUUGACAUGCCUAGUAUGAAGGUCCUGGAUGCUGAUCUACAGGAUCUUCAGCCAUCUGACGAGAAAACUCUGACAAAAGCCACCCAGAGUAAUAUUGAGUCAGGUGAUGCUCUAAUGUCUCAUGACCCAACUUCCCAGGGUCUGCCAGACGAGGCUGUUCCUGUGCCUCCAGCUGUCCAAAUCCCAACGAUAGAGGCAGUAGAGAAAGGUAGAGGGGAUCCAGGACAGGCAGCUACAAGCCCUGCCGACGUUGUCAACGUCGCAAUUGCAGAUCCUGUGCUACCUGCUGAAGAGGAAAGUGCAUUGCCUGACGAACCGCUACAAUCUGUAACUACUGACGAGGUAAAGGCGGGAAUCAGUGCUACACUAGAUGAGAAAAUGCAACCACAAGAGACACACCCUGGAAUGCAAUCCGAACCACAAAAGUCUGCAGUGGAGGAUAACGAGCCAUUGGGAAAUGCGGAGGCUAAAAUCGAGUCUAAUUCUAACCUCACUUCUGCCAAGAAUAUUUCUGCUGAAGGUGAAGAAGCAGAGAUUGUUGAUGGAGCAGCAGUCACAGGAUCAGCCAAGCCAAUAACGGGGAGUACAGACAAGGCUGCCGACGAAACAGGCCAAGCGCCUAUCCCUGAAGAACUGACAGUGGAUGCUACUUCUCCAAGUUUAUCGAAGAAGAAGAAGAAGGCUAAAAAGAAAAAACCCAAGAAUGGAGAUCUACAUGAACAGGAGCCACAAGAUACCGCAGCCAUAGCUCGUGUAGCCGCUUCAUCCCUUGAUAAUGUUGAGAAAACGGAUGGGGCACUGGCUCAAGGGGAAGCCCCAGCUGAUCAGAUUUCUCCACCAGAAAGCACCGGGAAAUCCACAGGAGCUGACGUAGAGUCCGCCACAGACCUCUUAAAGCCAGACGAGGCAGCAAAUGUACAAGUGUCUGUGGAUAUGCCUGUUUCUGAGCUUGAGCCUGUUAUGAAUAUUGCCAGAACUGGAGACGCACUUGCAGCCGAAAACGAGCUUAUUGCGAAGGACCUCAAAGCCGGGGACGAAGCGGGUAUGCAGGCAAUUGAGGGACGCCCGCUCUCCGAGUGGGAACCUACUGUCCAGUCUGAAAACCCACAAAAAGUCGUUGACCUAGCGGCUCCCGUGAAUCUAUCUAAGCAGGAGCCUCCUUUGGAGAUGCUGCUGUCAGAAGAUGCUCCCCUAGCUGCUGAGACUUCAGUAACUGAACAGAAACCCAAUCCAGAGGCCUUGGGGACAGACGCGGUGCAGACAACGCAGGCACCCGAGGUUACGACGGCUCCGGUGGAAGGGUUACCCAAAGCUGAAGAUGCUCCUACCAUUCCAGACGUUCUUGUACCUGAGCAGGUGAUUCCUAAGGCAGAAGGUGAAGCUCACCAGGAAAGUUUUGAUUCGGAUAAAAUGCCGGAUUCUGAUGUGGAGCAAGGGUCUACCGAGAGAGAAGCAGCUGCGAAUACAGAUAUCCUUACCAACAAUUCGGAGAGUGACAAGGUGAGCAAGGUAUCUGAUGCAAAUGAGAGCGUCAAAGAACUUAGUGACGCGGAGUUUGUAACGUCCAGUAAUAUGGAACCAGAGGCUAGUGUGCGGGCAGGUGAAAAGCCUUCAAAAUCUGCAAUUGAUGAUUACCAGCCUGUGAAAGAAGCCUUACUGCCUUCAAAGGACGAAACUACCUCCAGCUCUGAACAUCCCAUGCAAGGUACAAUGGAGGAAGCUGAAAGCCUGGAGUUCAGCGGGCAGGAUGUUGUAUUGCCUGAGAAGUCCCUUGAACAGGCAGAAGAGCUCGACGAACAAAGCAAAGAAUACCGCCAGUCAGUACUACAAGACUCAACAGAGCAUAGUGCCUACGCUCAACAUGAAGCUCCUGGAGUUGUUUCUGAGCCUAGCACUGUAGUGCUAGAGCUGCCUACGGAAGCUACCUCUCUGAGCGUCCUUGGAGGUCACAAAAGUCUUGCGGCAGAUUUGCAGGAGGGGCUAACCCCCGAAGCGAGCACCGUUGACCCUGCUCCGGCCGAAUCUGAAUCCGGACCAUCACAACUGGAAAGUGAGCGAACUACCACAACAGAAGAGGCCAAAGCAUCAAUGGAACUGGACUCCGGAAAGAUAUCGCAAAAACAAGACCAGAUGCAGGGCAAUGAUGCGCCUGCUGAACCGACAUCUUCUCCCGAGCCGGGGGCUGAAGUUGCUGAGGCUGAUACAAAAUGCCAAGAAACCGACGUUAUCGACGCGCAAACUGAAACUUCCUUGUCGCGACGAAGCAGCAAGAAGAACAAAAAGAAAAGUAAGCGCGAUAGUAUUACGGUGCAACCUGUGGAGAAAGGGACGAACGAUGUUCCACCUAAUGUGCCUUCUAAUGAAGAAGCCACACCACAGGUGGAAGACGAACCUGCUGUGCCCCCCAAAGAAGAGCCUGCAGCAAGGCAGCCCGAGGAAACCCCGGACAACGAACACGAGGGCGCUAUCGACGUAUCGCCUGAAAAAACACCAGGCGCCACUGCAGAUACACGAAUUGAGUCCCAAGAUGCUGAUAUCGCGGAGAUAGCCCAGAAAGCCGGUUUAGAGGAAGCUCCAGAAGGACAGUCAACGAAGAAGGGCAAAAAGAAAAAGAAAAAUCGCAAAUCCAUAUCUUCGGAUUCUCAAGCUGUGGCCGAUGCGGAGACCCAGCCUCCACUCUCCGCUGAGGGGCUUCCCGCCGAGACCCCACUGGCGGAAACAAGCGGUGUGGAAGCUACGGCGACUAACGAUUCAACGGGGACGACUGAAGCCGAGUACCCCGCCGAGACUAAUGAUGACGAUCCUGUACCUGAUCUCGAACCGGAAGCGGAGGAAUCUACACCGACUGGCAAGAAGAGUAAGAAAAACAAGAAAAAGAAACAAAGCUUGCAGUCCGCAUCCGACGCUCAUGAAACAGCCGCUGAACCCACACCUAGUACAGAAAUCGCAAGUCCAAAAAUAGACAUUCCUCUUGGUGCUGAAAAGCCCCGAACCACAGAGGUCCCAGGACUAGUUUUGGAGGAGACAAUCGAAAGCGAACAACCCUUGGACGUAACCGAAAUGACUGCUGCUCAAAAGAAGAAGGCCAAGAAAGAAAAAAGGAAGCAGCGCAAAUCCGCUCUAUUGGAUGAAUCACCAGCUUCUGACCCCGUUAUUGAUCUGAACCCAGGGAAUGCUUCUUCGGAACGUGGUCCAGAUUCUGCAUAUGAUGCUUCGACCGAGGGACCUACACUUGUCGAUGAGCUCGUGAAUGCAGAGCCUGAUAUUGCGUUGAAUGAACAAGAGCCCAAAGAAGCGCCCACUGACAUCGCUGGUAUUCUAACAACGGAAGUAGAAAAUGUAGAGCCCGGCCAAACACAACAUACAGAUCAUACACCAUCCGACUUGGAAGGUACCCCUACGAACGAAGAGCAACUAAGAGCAGAUGUUGAUGGAAGGCACACGGUCGAAGUAGUGGGAGUCGAACAAGAGACCACAGAUGAGAAACAAGUUGAGGUAGAGCUUGGGGAUGCCACACUCAAUGCUGCACCCAAAAUGAAUGUGGAAACAGCCCUUGAGCAACCUCAGGAAGAAACGAUAAACGAGAAAGCUGCUCCAGACCAGACUCAAGAUACCGAAAUUCCCUUGACUGAUGCUAUUCUGCAAGACGCAGUUGAAGGGGAACCUGAGCUUCCUACUCCUAAGAAGUCUAAGAAGGAUAAAAAGAAAAAGAAGAAACAGCAGUCGAUUUCUUUGGAAGAUGAUCAGCCUACGGCCGCUCUGGAAGAGGCUGCGCAAGAGCCUUCUGAUGCACGUCCGGACUCGCUUGAAAUCUCCGAGAAACCGCAGCUUUCUCUGCCCGAUGAUGUUGCAGAAGAGCCGCAACAUGCCUUCUCAGAGGAGCUUACGCAACAGUCGGAAGCAAAUGAGCAUGAGCGCACUGAGUCUCCAGAACAGGCUGACCUCACCACACCUGUAGAGCCUGAGCCUAUGGAGGAUACUCAGGAACCAGCUUCCAAGAAGAAGGCCAAGAAAGACAAGAAAAAGCGCAAGUCUGUUUCUUUUGCAAACAAUGAACAGGAGGCUUCCACGAAGUCAUCUGAAACCACUGAAGCAACAGAAGCGAGUCACCAUGUUAAAGAGGCUAGCCAACCUCCAGAGCAGGCAAAUGAGCAAAUGGCAGAAGCCAGCUCCCUCGUUCAGCCAAGUCAGGAAAAUGCUGAUAGCACUACUGCCGACGAGGUACAGCCUGGAGAAACAAGUGCAGACCUACACAAGGACGUUCCGACAGUCACGAAUGGCGAUGAUGGUUCAGAGUCGAACAAGGGGGCCGUAUCAAACGACGCACAAGUUUCUCAGCCGUACGAGGAUUCUGUUGCCGAAACACAAUCCAGUACAUUGAACCCUGAUCCUACGCCUUCAGUGGCGAGAGAGCUAGUAAACGAACCUAUAGUUCCUGAGCCUGAAGGAUAUACCAAUGAUGACGCGCCAGUUAUUGAAUCCCCUGAGAAACAAGACGUACAGCAGGGUACAGGUAUUCUGACCGCCCUAGAAACUGGAGAGAAACAUGAAGUCGAGUCCACUCCGGAAGCGUCUGUACCCGAAACACCUUCUACUUCCGUGCAGGAAUCUACUGUGGUAGUCCAGGAGGCUGAACAAGAGAGUGCCCCUUCUAAGUCAAAGAAGGACAAGAAGAAGAAGAAGAAACGCAAGACCCAAGAACCAAUUGAGAACGAGGCAUCUGCUGUAUCUGAGCCAAGCAUCGAAGGGGCAUUCGUUCAAACUGAAGAGGAUAACCGUACUGCAGCUCCAGGAGUUAUCGAAGAGUCAGUCGAGCAGAAUAAUACUGCCAAGCCAUCCGAAAUCUCCAGUCAAGAUGUGCCACCUUUGACACCGGAGAGUACUGCUGAACGGACGCGAGCUGAAACCGAACAUGCAGUUGAUAGUAUCGUUCACGAAGUGAAGGAGUCGGAAAAAACCGAACAGCAGGCAAGGGAACAGCCGGAAGAUACCCAGAACGAUGGUGCACCGCCUAUGUCAGCGAAAGAAAGGAAAAAGGCGAAAAAGAAGGAAAAAAAGCGCCAGUCCAAAAACCUAGAUGGUAGUGUUGCUGCCUCCACUGCCGUGGAGUCUGCCUCAGUUGUACCAGGAGAAAAUACCCAAGGUCCCUUGAUGAAUGCAAGCGCCGCUUUAGCCGAAGAUGCCACGCAUGAUGCAGCCGAAACCCAAGCCUCCGCUGAAUUGAAACCCUCAGGCCCUUCGGUUGAUACGGCAACCCCACCUGCUGAAGAUGACGGUAAAGAAAAUCAGUCCCACGGCACCGAGUCCCACGGCGAGAACGAUAAGAAUCUGUUUUGGACUGAUCACAUGGUAUCUUCGCAGGUAGAUCAACAGCAAGCCACUCCCCUCGACUCUCCUACCCAAACCGUGCCUGAGAAUGCCACACCCGAAAACAUGGCUGUCCCCGGCGAACCAGUCUCAUUGUGUGAGGAAAUUGAGGUAGGAACAGAAGACCAUGCGUCAAAGACUGAGCAAGAGGCAACUAGUGAGGCAGAUAGGGUUUCCCUCGAGCAUCUGCCCGCUGAAGGCUUUGCAGCGGAAGCAGACGAAAGUGGCAAGGCACUUACGCCAGAUGGGGAUGAGUUAAUGGGCCAGCAAGAUACGAUUCCAGCCCAGACAGAUGAGAUGCUUGAAGAAAAAGGUCAAGAAGCAGCGCCUGAAGCACGUCUUGUUACUGCUGAGGUAACAGGCACUUCCAUGGAUGGUCUACAAGCAACAAAUGAAAAUGCAGUUCCUCUCUCUCCUGCUGAGGCUGGGGUUCCCGAGGACCUUCGAGAGACAAACAACGGUUCAACUUUUGAUAUUGAGAAAGUGGAAGCGACAGCGCCUUCUGAGAAUUUACAUCGGGCGCGACAACCAGAAGAUCCUGUAUUAGAAGAUACUUUUUCUGAGUCUAAUCUACUCUCUACGACAUCACCCGAACAUACCACGCUUGUAGCCAAAGAUUCAGAAUUGCAAGCAAGCAGCGCUGGGCCUGCCCCCGAAAGUGACGCAAAGGAAGAUGAUACUGCGAGCCACGGAGAAACAAGACUGGACGGAGUGGGUCUCGUUUUAAACCCAGUGACAGUUGAAGAGUCACACUGCAGUAGUGCAGAGGUGACCAACACGUCAGAGUCUGCUAAGGAGGCUUCAAGUGAGAUACAGGCAGAGCCCGGAGACUUGUUGCCAAUUAGCUCUGGCGAGGAGAACAGGGAGAACAAGGAAGCACCCACUGAGUCAAAUGCGGCAAGAGAGGCACCAGCUGGCACAGAGACAACCGCUGAACAUUCGGAAACCAACAGAAAGGCAAUAUUGGGUCCCGUGGAAUCCUUGAGUCCAGGACAUCAACCAUCAGUCGAGAAGGAACAACUGCAAGCCAGUAUUGAACCUACACCCGAGCAGUGGAGCCACGAAGAACUGAAGGAUGUCGCUAAAACAGGCGAAGGGGAAAUUAUGACACAGUCUUUAAGCCGCAAAGCGUCGAAAAAACAAAAGAAGAAAGCGAAAAAACAAGCCAAGGAAGCGUCAAUAGAAAUCGCUGGUACUUCACUUGCAGAGUCUAAAGGAUUGAUAGAUGCAGAAAGCGGCCCUGAAGCAACAGUCGGCACCGCAAUUGCUGGUGCCGCUGAAUCCCGUUUGGUCCCCGAAGAAAAGCCGAUGCAGAGCGAAGGAGUGCAAGGUUCACAGAGCGAGACAGACGUAUCGCAGCCGACAUUGGAGGCUGUAUCCACAACGGAAGAAAGAAGUCCGCGUAUAGCUAGGAUGUUUCCUAGCCAGACUCAAGCAACGCAGGAGUUACAAGAGGGAGAGGGCAAAGACGCUGAAGCCAUGCCAAAAUCGAGCAGCCAGACUUCUGAGGGAGCCAAUCUUGAGGCAGCCGAAGAGAGGAUUCAACAGGAAAUUCCAGUUCUCGGGACCGUAUCAAAGGAGGAAGGGAUAUUCGAGAAAGAAGCUGAGCUGCAGAUUCCUGAGCGAACAGAGCAAGCAUCAGGGGAAAAUACCGAGACUGCUGAUGGGGCCCUGCUUGUGCACGAAGCAAACCCAGACAAGUCAGAGCUCCCAAUGGCUGAAGCAACCAGGGCAGAGGUUUUUCAUUCCAAAACAUCAUCUCAGGACAACAAGCAGAAGAACGAAGAGAACAUGAGCGUAGAGGCCACGGAACCAAAAGAAAGUGAAGGUGUCAGUGGAGAGGCAAACGUGAAACAUUCCCAUGAUCAUUAUCAUUCAGAGACAUUGGUAACGGAACGGUCUGCAAAGGAUGACGAAUGGCCUUUGAUAGAUUGGGAGAAGGAAAGAGUCGAUGCUUUAGAACAGACUCCCCAAUCUUCGCCUGAAGCUUGCGCGGCCCCAUUUGAGCCAGAAGCAACUGUCGAAACAGCUGAGUAUAUUGCUGACCAAUUGGCUCCGUCAACGGAGGCGCCCGGUACGGAGCCAGUCUCAGAAGCGACCCGAGAGCAUGCCCUAGACGAUGCAGAAAGCUCUAUCCCGGGGAAGCAGACGAUGGGAGAACCUGGCUCGGUUUCCCAGAAGCAAAGCAAAAUUGCCAGUAUAUUUCCUAACUUGGAACGAGGGGCAUUUCGGCGACCUAUCGCCACCAAGUCGUCGGAGUCAGUAAAAGAUGGGGCUGAGGAUGAGACCAAUGACCAAGGAGCGAGUCGCGAAGACGCGAUGCAGGUCUCGGAAGCGCCCAUCGCUACUACUGACGGCAAGGACAGCGACCACAUUGCGAACCCUCUGGUGACUUCAGAGCGGUCAACUACUGCUACGCUAGAGGACCUACCAGGAGAGGCUAUAAUUCGUGAUGUCCAAACGCCGGUUGGAUCUCGUUCAGUUCAAGCAAGCUACAAGGACUCCGAGGGUGUUCGAUUUACAGAUUCUCUUGCGCGGGAGAUUCCAUUACACGCGCCAACUCCAAUCCAUAAGCAACCGUCUACACUAAUCAGCUCCUCAUCGGAUACUAUGCGUAUCGACCGGCAAGCAAGCCCCGAGUCUCUCUGUGAACUUGGCCGCAGUCCGUCAAUCCAGAGAUCGCGCGACCCCUCCCCGCGGCCAAAGCCAUCCGAAGAAGAUGCGUCAACUGACCAACCAAACAGCACACCGCCGCCAUCUUCAGCCUUUGGGGUGGUAGACAGAGGCGCAAUCUCCCCUCCCCGGACCCCAUUGCAACCUAUUGCGGAACACGAACCAGUUGAUCGGACAAGAACCCCCAUAGGAGCCAGGGGCCAGAGCCAGGGAAUUCCCCGGUUGGAGAUGAAGCCAGAACAUGUGCUUCCGCGGCCCGAGACACCGGUCAGGAAAUUUACAGACAAUGCUCUGGCGCGCCAGGCAUGGCCUACACUUGACAGAGAUGGAGAUGGAGACUUGCACACCAGGGACCAUGGUGCAGCGAGAUCUAUGGACCGCGAAUGGACUGCGGAAGCCAUCCAAACACCCGAACGAGGCAUCUUAAAACCGAGCAGUAUGGGUAGCAUUAAAAGUGUGCACAGCGCACACUCCCAGCGGUCGCUCCGACGAACGGAUCGCAGCGCGGGCGGCGAUUUGCGGGCGGCGAGCCAAGCACAAACCGGCGCCCGCCAAUCAUCGUGCAGCCCCCAGCCACCUGUCGAGCCCCCUCUUUUGGACCUCAAUAUUGAGCACAUAGCUUCUUCCUCUUCCUACGACCCCGUCACCGACAAGGGCAAACGGCCCAUGCGAGCCAUGACCGAUGUUUACCUUGAGACUCGCCUCGACCGACUCGUUUCCGAGAAUCGCUUGCUUGUUGCUGCGCGGGAAGCUGCUGAAGACAAGCUGCGCAAUGCAAGUGUUGCUCGUCGCAAGAGUGACCAUGCUCUCAACGAGCGAGCUGCAGACUUACGGGACCGGGAAGCUGAAGUGGAACAACUUAAGAAUUCAGUAGAAUGGCUUCAGAAAGAAGUAUCCCGGUUGACGGAAGAGAACGAAGGGCUGACUGUCACGAACUCCAACAUUACCGUCGCCCAUGCUGCCGAGAUCCAAACCAUACGGACGUCAUUCAACAGUGAGCUAGGCGACUUGCGCCUACAAAAUCAGCAGCUGUCGAACGAAAUGCAAGAUAGAGUACGUCAGGAGAUCGAUGCGGCACUGGCUCAGAAGAAUAUGGAGCUUCGCAGGUUACGAGAGGAUUUAGAGAGCGCCCGGGACAAAGUGAAGGAACUACAACAGCAGAUCGCCGCAUCCAUGCACGAUAGCGUGUUAGUUUUCAGGGAUGAGGACUACUUUGACGCUGCGUGUCAAAAGCUGUGUGGACAUGUUCAACAGUGGGUGCUACGCUUCUCUAAACACUCUGACCUACGCCGCUGUCGCAAGCUCGACGAUAUUCAGGACGAGAAGAUUGCAGACCGGUUUGAGAAUGCCAUACUCGAUGGAUCCGAUGCUGAUGUCUAUCUCUCCGACCGGGUUCGUCGACGAGAUGUAUUUAUGUCGGUGGUCAUGACAAUGGUGUGGGAGUUCAUUUUCACUCGCUACCUGUUCGGCAUGGACCGUGAACAACGACAAAAGCUCAAGUCUCUUGAAAAACAGCUCGGUGAGCGUCAGAACGAUACAGAAGCGGUGGCCUUGGAGAUCUUUGAGACGCUGUCCCGUCUUCUUCCACCGCCGAGCAAUGUAGAGUCCCAGCUUCUAGAGUCUCUGCGCAAGGUGCUGCGGGUUGCCGUCAACCUAUCUAUCGAAAUGCGCACGCAGCUGGCGGAAUACAUCAUGCUCCCCCCACUACAACCUGAGUACGAUACCAAUGGUGACCUUGCACGGCAAGUUUAUUUCAAUGCGUCCCUUAUGAACGAGCGCAGCGGCGAAACUACUUCAAAUGAGGAAUUGGAAUCCCAGCAAGCUGUGGUACGGGUUGUCCUGUUCCCGUUAGUAGUGAAGAAGGGCAAUGAUGCAGGCGAAGGCGAAGAUGAAGUAGUCGUUUGCCCGGCGCAAGUACUCGUUGCACGCUCUCCUAAAGAUAAGAAGGUUACCAGAAUGCUCAGUGGUGACCGAAUGUCCUUGGAUGGCACCAGAUCCAUUCACAGUAUCGCUCCGUCGUCGACCAUGGACAUGAGCAAUGUGAUUUGA